UUCCACAGUAAAGCAAGGAAAACCAGAGCUGCCAUUUUUUACAUCCUUGGCUUCUCCAGUUAUAUUCCCAGAGCCCAUCAUCUCCAUGGAAAGCGCGCGUAGAUGAUGCUCACAGGAGCGCACCUUUAGCAUUCAGCGCGCGUCCACCGCCUGCCUGGCGCGUCACACACCUCUCUCUCUCUCUCUCUCUCUCUCUCUCUCUCUCUCUCUCUCUCUCUCUCUCUCUCUCUCUCAUCUUAAUAUCUGAGAGAAACUGCGUUUGGCAUUCAAUUCAAUCCUGGAUGGAAAGCGCGUUUUGUUGCAAAAACGGAACCAUAUUUAUACUGACGUGUUCUGGUGAUACCUAGCUCGCUUGGUGUCUCCAAACACUCAACAACUUCAGUGACAACCUCAGUGACCAACAUCUCCUUUUCUCUUGCACUUACUAAAUCAAAAAAGAGAGGUUUAGCGUGGGCAGGUUCUCUGUAGUGGUAUUCAGUAUUUGUUCCUGUCUUGAAACACUCCAUCUCCGCAGGUGCGCAAGCGACAUAUUUGGAGAUGUGCAUUACUUUACUGUGCGUUAUCGUGAAGCUCCGUUAAAGCCGUUCCUGAGACGUUGCGCAGCCGCGAUGCGUUCCUGCGUGCUGAGUGACUGAAAACGGAAGAUCCUCGCUGUGCGCUUCACAAGCGACUGGGCGCGAGCACCAUCCCGAAACCGAAGACAACAUCCCCCUACCAUUUCAGAGUUCCUGAGAUGAAUCUCUGAUAUUAAAAACAUGUCUCUCCAGAGGUGGAUAUAGUGAAGCCGAUCACCAGAUUUUAGGAGCUGAAUUCGGAUUUCAUUAUCAGUACAGCAACACUAUGCAUCACCUCUGUCCCCAGCAUACCUCCACUACCUGGCUGUCUGCUCUCCUCAUCGUCAUCCUUAGUGUUACGCAGUUUUCCCAGGCCACCUCAGAUGCCUUGCACAGUAGCCCAGGAAACUGUUCUGAGGAGACCGGCUGCUCUGAGGGUGUGGUACUUCCUGUAUGGAACCCUCAGAACCCAUCAGUGGGAGAUAAGGUGGCGCGAGCCAUUGUCUAUUUUGUUGCGCUCAUCUACAUGUUCCUGGGAAUGUCCAUCAUUGCGGAUCGCUUCAUGUCCUCCAUCGAGGUCAUCACCUCGCAAGAGAAGGAAAUCACCAUUAAGAAGCCAAAUGGAGAAACGACCACUGCCACAGUCCGCAUCUGGAACGAGACCGUCUCCAACCUGACGUUAAUGGCGUUGGGUUCUUCAGCACCUGAGAUCCUGCUGUCUGUGAUUGAAGUGUGUGGCCACAAAUUUGAAGCUGGUCAUCUUGGUCCCAGCACCAUAGUAGGCAGUGCUGCAUUCAACAUGUUUAUCAUUAUCGCUAUCUGUGUCUACGUUGUUCCCGAUGGUGAAGUAAGAAAGAUAAAACACUUGAGGGUCUUUUUUGUGACCGCAGCUUGGAGUAUGUUUGCUUACAUCUGGCUUUAUCUGAUCCUAUCAGUAUUUUCUCCUGGUGUGGUGGAGGUCUGGGAAGCUGUGCUGACGUUCCUCUUCUUUCCCAUUUGUGUUCUCCAAGCCUGGAUUGCAGACCGCCGUUUGCUCUUCUACAAGUACGUUCACAAGCGCUAUCGUGCCGACAAGAAUCGGGGCAUCAUCAUCGAAACGGAGGGUGAUGGUAUAUUCACAAAGAUGGACAUGGAGAUGGAUGGGCAGGGCAACAACUCUCACCACAAAGAGGUUCUGGAUGGCAUGCUUGCUGGCGUAGAGGAGGGAGGAGGCGGCGGAGGAGGAGGUGGAGAAGAAGAAGAGGCACGAAGAGAAAUGGCUCGUACACUGAAGGAGCUGAAGCAGAGGCACCCUGAGAAGGACAUGGAGCAGCUGAUUGAAAUGGCCAACUACCAAGUGUUGGUUCAGCAACAGAAGAGCAGGGCAUUCUAUCGCAUACAGGCUACGCGCAUGAUGAUCGGUGCAGGAAACAUCCUGAAGAAGCAUGCUGCAGACCAGGCCAGGAAAGUGGUGAGCUGCCAUGAGGCCAAUGCACAAGAAGAGGAUCCUCACACCAUCUACUUGGAGUUCGAGCCCUCUCACUACCAAUGCUUCGAGAACUGUGGUUCCCUCAAACUGGCUGUCAGCAGACAUGGAGGAGACAGUGGCUGCACAGUAAAGGUGGACUAUCGAACUGAGGAUGGCACGGCUAACGCUGGCUCAGAUUAUGAGUUUGCUGAGGGUACGCUGGUCUUCAAAUCGGGCGAGACCAUAAAGGAGCUGACGGUCGGUGUAAUUGAUGAUGACAUCUUUGAGGAAGACGAGCAUUUCUACGUGCACCUCAGUAACCCACGUGUCGUUCAUCGAGCCGAGGUCUCCAUUCUCGAUCCCAAUGCCCCAGGCAAUAGCCUUUUGGGCUCCGUCCCCAUUCAGCCAAAAGCUGCACUGGGUGCUGCUCAUACUGCCACGGUGACCAUCUAUGAUGACGACCAUGCAGGGAUCUUCACAUUCGAGAGCGCAUCAAUGCGUGUGAGUGAGAGCGUCGGCAUCAUGCAGGUGAAGGUGCACAGAACGUCUGGAGCACGCGGAAAGGUCGCAGUGCCGUUCCACACCAGCGAGGGGACCGCCAAGGCUGGAGAGGACUACGAGGAGGUGGCUGGAAAAUUGGAAUUUCUCAACGAUGAGACCAUGAAGAUGCUUGAGGUGAAGAUUAUCGAUGAUGAGGAGUACGAGAAGAACAAGACCUUCACCAUCCAUCUGGGGGAGCCUAUACUUCUAGAGAUAGGACAGAAGCAUGGAGAUUCUAAUGACAACAAGCCAGCAGUAGGGAUCGAGGAGGAAGAGGUGGCCAAGAUGGGCUGCCCGAGCCUGGGAGAGCACACCAAGCUGGAAGUGGUGAUCGAAGAGUCCUACGAAUUCAAGAACACAGUGGAUAAGCUGAUAAAAAAGACUAACCUUGCGUUGGUCGUGGGCAGCAGUAGCUGGCGAGAGCAGUUUGUCAGCGCUGUCACUGUCAGUGCAGGUGAUGACGAUGAAGAAGAGAGUGGUGAAGAGCGCUUGCCCUCUUGCUUUGAUUACAUCAUGCACUUCCUGACUGUUUUCUGGAAGGUUCUGUUUGCGUUUGUUCCACCCACGGAGUACUGGAACGGCUGGGCUUGCUUCUUUGUGUCCAUCGUGCUAAUCGGCGUGUUGACCGCCGUCACCGGAGACCUGGCCUCCCACUUUGGCUGCACCAUUGGCCUGAAGGACACGGUCACGGCUGUGGUGUUUGUGGCCCUCGGCACCUCGGUACCUGACACCUUUGCCAGCAAAGUGGCAGCCAUCCAGGACCAAUAUGCGGACGCCUCUAUCGGCAAUGUGACGGGCAGCAAUGCUGUAAACGUUUUCCUGGGCAUCGGCGUGGCGUGGACCAUCGCUGCUGUCUACUGGCACAGCAAAGGCAAGCAAUUCCAUGUGCCACCCGGCUCUCUGGCCUUCUCUGUCACGCUUUUCACCAUAAUGGCGCUGGGUUGCGUGCUCACGCUGCUGUACCGCCGCCGGGCCUCGGUCUCUGGAGGUGAGCUUGGGGGGCCGCGGACCGCCAAGCUGCUCACUGUUCUGUUAUUCGUCAGCAUGUGGCUCCUCUACAUCCUGCUGGCUUCGCUGGAGGCCUACUGCCACGUGCCUGGCUUCUGAGAGCCACAAAGAAGGAAGGAAUGAAGAGAGAGAGAGAGAGAGAGAGAGAGAGAGAGAGAGAGAGAGAGAGAGAGAGAGAGAGAGAGAGAGAGAAAGAGAUUUCCUUCCUGUGCAACCACCUAAUUAUUCUCCCUACUGUUGUGACAUACUGUAUCUAUAAAGUGUUCAAAUUGAUGUUUACAUUUGUUAUUGCACAUAAUUAGUUGUUGUUGGAAUGGGACCAGUUCCUUCUUGCUCCCACUGAGGUGGAUUCUCGGUGCUUGUGGAGGGUCUUGAGAUUCUUUUUAAUAACUGGAGGGAGCUCAGAGACAUUGCUUACUACACGGUUUACACGACUUGCUGUGUUCCAGCACCUGCUGAUCUCGACUACAUGGGAUAACCUACUCGAGAAAUCUCUUCAGCUCAUAUAGAAUGGGCUGUCUUUUUUUUCCAGCCAUAUUUCCACUCUUUACUGUUGCCAUAUCCUGCUCCUUAUCAAUAGACUCACUGGUUUAGCAAGAGGUAUAGAUGUGCUUCACAGAUUUCCUAUACCACAGAACAUGCCAGACUUCCCAGCAUCCUCUCUGUGAGCUGCCGUUCAGAUCUCCACAGAAACACCUGCACAAACCAGCAUCAUCUUUCUCCAACCUCUCAAGCUAGUCUUUAUUUCUACUCCCUUCUACUGUUGAGUGCUCGUCUUGUGCAAGUGUUGGAAAAGUUCUUCUUUUUUACAUUUAUUUAUUCCUGAAAAGAAACUUAAUGAUGGAAUGUGUUUGUUGAUUGUGCUUAAAAGAGGUGUCACAAUUGAUUUAGUAUAGCACAAGAGAGAGAAAUUCAUGAUGUAGAGAUAAAAUUAUGAUAGAUGUAUAUUCAUAAGAUAAUACCUGCUAUUUAUUAUCCUUGCCUGUACUGUAUAUUAUGUGUUCAGUUUUGUGUGUGUGUGUGUGUGUGUGUGUGUGUGUGUGUGUGUGUGUGUGUGUGUGUGUGUGUGUGUGUGUGUGUGUGUGUCUGAGAGAGAGCAAGAGAAAUGAUUGUUUUGGACAAGGAAUGUAGUAUUCAGAGGAAAAAGCAACCAGUACCACAGUAACUAAUGUGUUGUUCCCUGAUCCUAUAAGCCCACACACACACACACACACACACACACACACACACACAGACUCACACAGACUCACACACACACACACACACACACACACACACACACACACACACAGACUCACGCACACACACACACACAC